CAAAAGAUCUCUACGCUGUGCGUUUCUCACUUUGACACGCUACGUCUGGGCUACGUACAGCUCUACCAUUCCUCGCGAGCUCGAUCACGUUUCCCUCGAGCUCGAUCGCGAUUCCAAUGGCCGAUCUCCAGCGAGUGGCGAUUCUCCGCAGCACUGUUGUAGCAAUCCAGCUCCCCAGGUCUGGGAGGCUAGUUUCUUCACAAAAAUCAGGCCUAGGGCAUCACAGGAGCUCCUUGUUCUUGGAUCGAAGAACCAGCCAAUCGAUCAGGGCCAGUGUGGGCGAUCGCGAUCGGAAUGGAGAGGGUCGAGAGGAGAUUCCAGACACCUGCGAUGGAUUUCUCAAGCGGGUAUCAUCGCGAGGAUACGAUGAGAGAAGGAAGCUAGAGCAAAAUCUCGAGUCCGGGAGCUACGAUGUCUUGGAUUCCAAUCCAUGGCGGGACGAUUCCAAGGCCGUGUAUGUUCUUGCGGAGGAGGAGAAUCAGCUCAUCACCAUGAGAACUCGGCGUGAACGAAGUGAAGUGGAGGAGGAAUUGAGCUUGCUCUUCCCGAAGCGAGGCAAUAGAUCACGCGGGAGACGUGGAAUCUCGUUUCGGAUGCAAGUGGAAGACAUUCGCCCGGGCGUCCUGGUUUUCGAGGACGAGGACGAAGCCGCGCGCUACUGCAGCCUCCUGGACGGGAGCUGCCGAGGAAUCGCGGAGAUCGAAGCAUCAGAUGUUUUCGCGAUGUGCCAGAAGAACAAGGCGCUGGCGGUGCUCUUCCGGCGAGGCGCGAUUCCACCGCGGCCCGACCGCCUCCAAAGAACCCUAAACGCGCGAAACCACUCAUUGGAAGAUAAUUAGCCUAAUAUAAGUAUUCCAAUCCUGAGCCGUCCGAUUGAGGCCCGGAUAUUCCUUCUUU